AUGCGAGAUUUGAUGGAGCGACUGGGACCCUCAUUUCUACAGUUCUCCUCACCUGAGCCCAUAAGCCUUGUAGGCUGGUUGCUCCAGCGACUCGCAACAACAAGUAGCCGACUAUUUAGUCCUGCUGCUUGUCGUCAUGGCUCCAGUUGCUAUGCUGGUCAACCGCCAUUUCAUCACCUCUUCGGGCCUACAUGUCUGGACAGGCCUCAAACUCAACCGUCUGAAGUAGCCCAUUCUUCUGAGGCCACGCAUCAGGCAGACUGCGACCUGAGGAUUCGGCUGUCUGACCUCCGAAGGCUUAACAACCACGUGGCUGGUACUUCUUGUGGUCGCUUCACUUUCCUGCAAUUUCCAGGCUUGGCAGAUUGGCAGGCAUGUAAAUAUGAUAAGUUCAUGCAUAUCUUUGGCCUUAUUUUUCUCUCACCUUUCCGUAAUUUAAUAAAGAGCCACACUUGCGAGUUAAGAUGUCACAGCUUGGCUUUGGACACUUGA